GAGAGAGAAAGGGAGGAGAGAGAGAGAAAGGGAGGAGAGAGAGAGAAAGAGAGGAGAGAGAGAAAGAGAGGAGAGGAGAGGAGAGAGAGAGAGAAAGAGAGGAGAAAGAGAGGAGAGGAGAGAGAGAUAAAGAGGAGUGAGAGAGAAAGAGAGGGAGAGAGAAAGGGAGGAGAGAGAGAGAAAGGGAGGAGAAAGAGAGGAGAGAGAGAAAGAGAGGAGAGGAGAGGAGAGAGAGAAAGAGAGGAGAAAGAGAGGAGAGGAGAGAGAGAUAAAGAGGAGUGAGAGAGAAAGAGAGAGAGAGAGAAAGGGAGGAGAGAGAGAGAAAGAGAGGAGAGAGAGAGAAAGAGAGGAGAGAGAGAGAGGUUAGAGAUGGGGAGAGAGAGAGAGAAAGAGACAGAGAGAGAGAAAGAUGGGCUUCUUUAAGUUAUGUAAGCUCCAGAGGAUGUUUGACCUGUGUGGGCUGACAACAACACACACGUUUCAUCUGUGUGUCUGUGUGUAUGUGUGUGUGUCUGUGUGUAAGUGUGUGUGUGUGUACUUUUAUUAUAGCGUGUCAUCUCCUGCCUCCUCGGGCUGCAUACCUGUUGAAUACCUGCCCAAGAGGAGAGGCCUCUGCCUUUGCAUGCAGGUAACCGAGGGCAAUGGGACAGGAAGUGAUACGGAAGAAGCAGCCGAGCGAGCCAUUUUGUGGAAAGGAGAUACUCUUUACCCCAGAAUUCUGGUUCUGCCAUUUGUUGUGCAAGUUGUGACAGGGAUGUGUUGAAAGGGUAUAAAGCAUCCUGAACUUUCACUGUAAUCCACACACCUGAAGAGAAGACUAACUAGAGUUCACUGGACGGCUACAACACACUUAGAAAAAAACCCACAAGAUGUCAGGACCAAAACAGACUGUGAGGGACUCCACCACUCUGGUUGCAGUGCUCCUCCUCCUCCUCUCCACAGGGGUCCAGUCAGCAAAACAUUCAGACAAACUUCAACCAACACAAUGGACACUCAACCCGGACCUUGCAGAACCCAAAAUCUCCACGCUGCCUGUAAAUGGUAGUGAUAUGGAGGAACCUCGUGUUCUGAGGAUGUCAAGAUCCUGUAAAGAUGAGGAUUCUGACUACUGUCUGAACGGGCAGUGCAUGUACCCCCCUGACAGCGAUACCCCUGCCUGCAUGUGUGAUGCUUCCUAUAGCGGCGCUCGCUGUGGUCUGUUGGUCCACCAGGCGACGCUGUGCAAGUUAGCCACAACAGAGGAGGUGAUUGCCAUCUGCGUGGGCGUGGCCAUGUUAGUGUGCUGCCUCGCUGUUGGUCUCUACUGCUGCAUCAAGAGAAGGUGUGAAAAACAGCCCCUUCUCUACAAGACCUACGGUGGCUCGGAGAACUCAGUUUGAGCCCCGUCUUCAUCAUCAUCACCACCACCAACCUCGUCUUGUUUUGCUGUCCCAACAAUUCCAUAACCGUAUAUUGACCAUAAUGUAUUCCCAUAUCAUAUCAAAUUGAGGCUAUUUAUUGAAAUAUCUAAAAUUAUAUCUCAAAUAUCUCAAAUUAAAGUUAUAAUUUAGUUUUUUUUUUAA